UUCCAUCCAACGAAGCUCUGCAAGGAAGAAGAUGGGGGAGAGUGCGGAGAGCCGGAAUUUGCUUCUGGACAUCGAGGAGUCGUCGCGAGCGUCGGAGGAGCUGCUGCAGUGGGAGCCGGUGCCAUGCAGGGUGCUCACUCGGGUUGCCGUCUGGGAGUCCAAGAAUUUGUGGCGCUUGUCAUGGGCCUCCAUAAUCAUAAUGCUCUUCAACUUCAUGCUCAGCCUCGUCACCCAGAUGUUCGUCGGCCAUCUCGGCGAGCUCGCCCUCGCCGGCGCCUCCAUUGCCAAUGUCGGAAUCCAGGGCCUCGCUUAUGGAAUCAUGCUGGGAAUGGCAAGUGCAGUACAAACAGUGUGUGGCCAAGCCUAUGGAGCCAAGAAAUACAGAGCCAUGGGCAUCAUCUGCCAAAGAGCCCUCAUACUUCACUUCAUAGCUGCAAUCCUCCUAUCGUUCCUCUACUGGUUCUCCGGCUCGCUGCUCAAAGCGAUUGGCCAAUCCGCCUCUGUAGCAUCGAUCGGCCAGGUCUAUGCUCGUGGUCUGCUCCCCCAGCUGGUAGCCUUCGCACUCUACUGCCCCAUGCAGAGAUACUUGCAGGCCCAGAACAUUGUGAACCCCGUGGCUUACAUAUCAGUUGCGGUGUUGCUGCUGCACUUGCUGCUCUCAUGGUUGGCUGUGUUUAUUCUCGACUUUGGGGUCCUCGGAGCCUCCCUCACGCUGAGCCUCUCUUGGUGGAUUCUUAUGCUUACAACAUGGUUCUAUAUAAUCUUCAGCCCAUCUUGUAGGGAGACAUGGCCUGGCCUUUCCAUGAAGGCCUUUAAAGGCCUUUGGUCUUACUGCAAGCUGACACUUGCAUCAGCUGUUAUGCUAUGCUUGGAGAUAUGGUACGUCCAAGGAUUUGUGCUUCUAACAGGCUACCUCCCACACCCAGAGGUCUCACUUGAUGCCAUUUCUAUUUGUGUCAAUUACUGGAACUGGGAUUUCAUGAUCAUGCUAGGAUUGAGCAAUGCAGCCAGCGUUCGUAUAGGAAACGAGCUUGGGGCUGGACACCCGAGAGUCGCGAGGUUCGCAGUCAUCGUCGUGGUCACGACGUGCGUCAUCCUCAGCUUGAUCAUCAGUGCACUAGUUCUUAUACUGCGCACUCCCUUGAGCGAGCUCUACACCAAUAGUACCGAUGUGAUCGAGGCAGUCAAAAAUCUGACGCCAUUACUUGCGAUCUCAAUCUUCUUGAAUGGAGUCCAACCAAUUCUCUCUGGAGUUGCUAUUGGGAGCGGGUGGCAAGCCAUAGUAGCUUAUGUGAAUGUUGGUGCUUACUACUUCAUUGGACUUCCAGUUGGAUGUGCUCUUGGAUUCAAGACAAGCCUAGCAGCAGCUGGGAUAUGGUGGGGUUUGAUACUGGGAGUCUUUGUUCAAACUGUUACUCUCAUAGUCCUAACAGCCAGGACAAACUGGAACACAGAGGUCAACAAGGCUGUCGAACGCUUGAAGAAUACAGCAGAGGAAGAUGCUCUUGCCAUAGCAGACAUUGAAUGAUCAAUAACAACAGUUUAGUUAUGGAGAAACUUUUCCACCUUGAGAAAUUUUAUUUGAGUCAAACAGUUUUGUCAUUCUCUAUGUAGUUGCUGAAACAAGGAAGAGUUUCAAAAAUCUCUAGAAGAACUCAUGAUUUUGGUGAAUGUGGAAUGUAAGAGAAGUAUAAAUUGUUAAUGCUAGUAUGAAGUGAAUUCAAUAGCUAA